CAAUCAGAAGUCUCUGUGCAUUCGCGCCCUCGGAUAUCCAGGAGGUAAAAAAAAGUCUUACCCGGCGGUCAAUAUCAGUUGCUAUAUAAGCCUGCGAAAAAGAAGAGUUAAUAGAGAAUCUGUCGAUCAACAUCGUGUUAAGAUCCUCGGCACUCAUAAUGGCCUCGAUGGCCAGUGGCAGCUCACUUGUGGACAGUCUUGAGGAGUUGGACUCUUCAGACUCUGGUAGUACUUAUGAACCGCAGCAGAAUGCCAAAAAGAAGAAACAAAAAACCCCAUCAUGGCCACAGCCCAAGAAACCCAGGCAUAAUGCUGCAUCGAGGGGGACGCCCAGCAGCAGCAGCAGCAUUGCAAACCCAAGUCCUGAAAGUCCAUCCCCCCAGGAGCAGGCACGCUCCCAGACCAGAUCCAGAUCUAUACCAGAAAGAAACACAAAUGAAAGCAACAAAGCAAUCAGUGCAAAGGAGAUCUUCGAUGCUAUCUCCUCUGGAAAGGCAGCCAUAGUGACGGUGGUGGACGAGUGGCUGGACAGCUACAAGCAGAGCCGAGAGAGGGGCCUGCUGGUCCUCAUCAACUUCAUUAUUCAGUCCUGUGGAUGCAAAGGUGUGGUCACUAGAGAGAUGUUUGACAGCAUGUCCAAUGCUGAGGUCAUCGGCACUCUUACAAAGGAGUUCAAUGAGACUUCAAUUAACUACCCUCUCAGCACUCCAGGCCCUCAGAUGAAGCAUUUCAAAGCCGGUCUGUGCGAGUUUUCCCGGGUCCUUGUGCGCUCUUGUCGUAACAGCAUCAUUUUUGACGAGUACAUCUUCCCCUCGCUGCUGGCUCUGCUCACCGGGCUGACGGACUCACAGGUCCGGGCCUUCAGGCACACCAGCACGCUCCUGGCUUUGAAGGUGAUGACGGGGAUGGUGGAGGUGGCUGUCACAGUCUCUGUUCAGCUGCAAACCACCCAGCGGCAAAUCGACACAGAGAAAAGCAAGAACCCUCAAAUUCGAGCCUCUGACAAACUGGAGGAGCUGCACGCCACCAUCAGCGAGCUGAAAGAGAACAGAGAGGAAGUGUGCUCUAUGAUGAACGCUGCCUUUCGUGGCGUGUUCGUGCACCGUUAUCGAGACCUGCUGCCUGAAAUCAGAGCCAUCUGCAUUGAGGAGUUGGGGGUUUGGCUGAAGGAAGACCCGGAGGACUUUCUGAACGAUGGAUGUCUGAAGUAUUUGGGUUGGACCCUCUUUGAUAAGCAAAGUGCGGUGCGUCUGCAGUGUGUGCGCGCCCUGCAGGGUCUGUACAAGGAGGAGGAGUUCAUUGGCCGCCUGGAGCUUUUUACCAGCAGAUUCAAAGAGAGGAUGCUGUCCAUGGUGCUGGACAAAGACCCAGGCGUGGCUGUGGAAGCAGUCAAUCUGCUGCUACUGAUCCAACAAUUGACUGAGGAAGGCCUAAGUGAGGAUGAGUGUGGUCGCAUCUAUCCCCUAGUUUACGCUGCUCAUCGGGGCCUCGCUACCGCCGGGGGGGCUUUCCUCUACAACAAGUAUGAUCUCCACUCAGUUCAUUAACAGUUUACAAAGAAA